GUGCUUUGAGCCGUUUAUUUUACUUUUAUUUUUGCUUGCCCUUUGUAUCUAGGAUGCGCUUGGUUAGAAUCUCGCAGUCACUCCGAUAAAUACUGGUGCCAUUCACUGAACAAUGGCAACGGUGACACCUGAUCAGCACAGAUAUUCUUCACCCAUCAGCUACACCAGCUUUGGGAAUAUUGUGAGUGCCUUGGAAUGCCGGAAAAAGAUAACGUGUGUCUCUAUUGUGAGAAGGAAACAAACUACGCUUAUCGGUGGACGUCACCUGCUGGCAGGAAUGAGAUAGGGAGAUCAAAAAAAGAAAAUAAAAAAGGAGGAGAAGGCUCUGAGCUGGCAGGCAGGGUUGGCAGCUAUCAGGAAAGUAAGAAAGUUUCCAUGUUCUGGGACACAUGAGGCAGGUCCAAUGUUCUUGGGUGUCACUGCUUUCCAGGCACCGCUCACCUGUGGCUCCUAGAAGCUAUCGGCAUGUGGCAGCAGCCACACCUCGGGAACGGCUUUGACUGGCCCGCUAAACCAGAUUUGAUGAAGAAGCUUCUGUGGUGACAGGAAAUGGACACUGACAAUUCAUCUGCAAGCCUCCAGCUCACCACCGAGCAAAAGAACAAGGAAGCACCACCUGAGUUGAGCCCUGUACCACAUUCUGAAGGCACCUCAAAAUACGAUGAAGAUUUUUUCUCUGGGCUAAGCCCAGAAGAGAAGGAAUGUCUAGAGAACUUGCUGCAGGCAAUUGACUCCUUGGAUGAUGAUCUUUUGGAGGAGGAGGAAGAAGAAGAAGAAGAAGAAGAAGAAGGUGCAGGUGCAGAGGACCAAUGCAAGAACAGUGUUGACUCCCGGAUGCAGCAAAGUACGCCUGUGGAGGCAGCCUCAGCCAAGCCCGGUUCUCCUCGCCCUGCCCUUUCCAAGAUUAAAGUGUCCAAGUCCCUUUUGGAGGAAUCAGCUGACAUCACUCUGGGGAGGAGCAGGCCCAACCCUUCUUCUCCCAAAGCCAGAGGGCCUCAUAGAUUGGCGGAAUCUCACCCUGCUUACUUCAGGAAGUUUGACACAAUAAUGAGGUCAGGGGUCAACGUCCAAGAGCUUCGCUCUCGCUUUCUCCACCACCUUGACGUCUCCACUGCUGUCAGGGAGCCAACAGAGGAUGCUGCGGGAACAGAUAAGAAGCCGUUGCCGUUGCCUGGAGGCCAGAGGUCCCCUAGGGAUGAAGCACUGCAGAAGUUGGGCCUCUUCCAGAGAAUUUCUAGCAUUCCAAAUAUGAAAAGUCCUCUGGUGCCCACAGUGGGCCAGCAUGCCCAGGAUUCACAGGCCGAAAGUCUGAACCACGCGGGAAUGGCAGGCUCCAUCAACACCAUGGAAGAGCCUGUGAAAUAUUUCACACACCCCAAUCUCUGAGAGGCGAGAGACUCCAGGCGUUCAAGCCCUAACCCAGGUUCUGGUUUCCUUGGAAUGAAGGCCAGUGGAGACUGAUGUCUUUAGGAUGUGUGGUUUUAUUUGCACAUAUACUGUAUACAACCUAAGCAUAGGAUGGAGGGACUCAUAGCAUUAACAGUCCAACAGAUCUUGCUUCCCUAUUAGGUUUCCAGAGAAGACCCAAAGUGACCAGUUUGCCCCCCCCCCCCAGAGCAAGACAUGUCUCUGUCUCUCUCUAGCUUCCAGCCUCAGAUAAAACAACACCCACCAGAACCAACUGCCCUGGCUUAUUGCUCGCCUUCCUAGGAUGUCAUGGCAUCCAGCCAGGUGAGGUGGGAAAUGGCCCACCCAUUUGUAUCUAUGGCUGUCUCUUAGGACAUGUAAGGACGGUGCUUCGGGGCUGGAUUAGGACCUUUAGAGGCCCUAGACACUUAAAAGGUUUUGGUGCCCCCUUAUAUAUCAAAUUCAAAACAUAAACAAUGAUAAAACCGUAAAAUUAAGUUUUAUUUUUUGAAAUGAAAUGAAGCCUACAUGAGGGUCGCUUAACUGGCCCAUGAGAGCCGCUUAUCUGGCCCAUGAGCUGCUCCCGAACUGAGCCGCCCACUCGGUGAGUCCCCGCGUGAUCCGGCCCAUGCCUGGUAAGCCUUGCCGACCCCUGGUGUGGAGUGUCAUCUACCUGCCAGACAGAAUAAUUUCCUGGUUGUACAAAUCUCAAUCGGAUGUACAAAAGAGACAGUAAGAAUACGAUGAGAAAAGUACGUACAUUAACUAUACAGAUAAGAUGCACUCCGGGCAGUGAUGGGAGGUCAAUAUUUCAGAUUUAAUAAGUUAGGUUCGAUUACGGUUAUUUGAUGAAAUUUGUUUUGUAUAUUGUUUUGUAUAUAUUUGACUUACAUUUCGCAACUAACACAGGAAGAACGAAACCACAAGCAUGUAUCUUUAAAAUGUAACUGUCACAGACGCGGCAGUGGCUACUCUAGAGUAACGACUCCUCCAGGCGUUGUCUUUUCAUUCUUUUAUUUAGUGCUGAUUAUUUACAGUGCAGAGCAGUACUAUGUACAUGUUGUCAGUUAGGGGUCAGAACCUCCGAAUGGAGAUUCGCGCGUUUUCCUACAGCAAAGAAGUCUAGGGAUACUGAAUCUCCGCCCCCGUCGUUUCCUUCUCAGUUCCGGGGUCGGUGGGACUGGUCUUCUUCCUUUGCCUCCCACUUCCCUUCCCACACUGGGCAUGGGCUCCGCUACCUUGCCUGAGCCUUGGUCACCACUU